CCUAUGCUUGUAUUAUAAAAGAAUUUACAAUUGUGAUCCAGAAAUGGCACUACAAUUUAUUCUAAAACUAUAAUUAAUCCAUUUCUAGGAAACCAAACUGUUGUGUUUUUAUGCUCAAACACACUGAUUCCAACCCAAGGAAAACCAGAAGCAGGGUCAAGAACCAUCAAUGCCUCAACUUCUCUUGGCACACCACACUCUAAAGUGUUGCUGUUUCAGGAGGUGUGGAGUCGAAGCCUGUGUCGCUCUCUGGAGAAGAUGGUAGCGGUGGAGCAGGAGUACCCAGGUGGUGUGGAGCACAUAUUCAGUCCUGGCUGUGUGCCUCUACAACGCUGCUCUGGCUGUUGUAAUGAUGAGAAACUAGAGUGCUUCCCUACUUUUACACACAAUAUUACAAUGCAGCUGGUGAAAAUAAGCCCAUCACAGAGGACCAGGCAGUAUGUGGAGCUUUCAUUUUUGGAGCACCACUCCUGUGAGUGCAGACCCAAAAGGAAUCACAAUAGAAAUCUGAGAGAGAAGUUAAGCAGCCCACACAGAAGAAGGAAAGGAAAACAGGGAAAGAAGAGAACAGCAAAUUGUGGCAAAAAUAUCAUGGAGAAAUCUUCAGACAUUCUCCCCAGGAAAAAAAAAUCCAAUUAUGGGAAAUGUCUUGACUGUCCUGUUUCUCCUCAACAUAGAGUUUAUAAACGCUGUGUACUAAUAAUAUCAGCUAACAGGAGAAUCUCCAGUCCCUCUCUUUUUCCACCCUAAAUACAAAAAACCAAGGACAUGAACUCUGGCUUCCUGAAAAUGGACAAGAAGCAGGUGCAUUUGGGACAUAAAUGAUGAUAAGGACCUCAUCUGUGUCUGGGAUGAUGCCCUGCCCUACCCUCCCCUGGCAACGAACACAAUCUCUGGGAGGGGUAGAAUGACAAACUCAGAUUACUGUAAUCCUAUCUGUUUUGUUAUCAGGUUAAUACUUUUGUUGUAUUGGGAAAUGUUGUGGGAGUGAAAAAGACAAAUAACUUCAUUACAAGUUGAGAGAUCAUAAAAGUGAAUACUGUGA